GCUUGUCUCAUCGCUGUUACGAAUAUUGACAUAAGAUAAGCGUUUAACCGUUCAAUCUAAUCGAGUGACUCCGUCUACGAAGCGCCGGUACAUCCAACGUUAACUCCAUUAUGUUGACUUGAAUAUUAUUAUCACACACUAUGCACCGCGCUACGAUCGCCGCGAACCGCCAGGAAUAUGUCGUGUUCCGCGUUGCUCAAAAUCUUCCUACUUUUCAGCGCGAUAUGUCUCCUAUCCAUCUUCCUGUUUGUCCCCACGCAAAAACUACCGUUGCUGGAAUUCUAUGAUCCAACCGCGUUACCACGCAACAAAACCAUCCCGAAUGCGGUGUACUGGCAACCCGCUAUCCCAUCCCAACUGUACGUGCACUCCGCAACCUACGCGCUUCCCGCGGAGAAUCUCAACGGCUACGUUAUUAAGGUCAUCGCCAUUGUCAACCGCAAAGACCCGGGUAUUCAUGCAGCGAUUAGCUGUAGUUGUGUGUGUCCGUAUGGGACCUUCCCGGCGCUGUUAGCAGAUUAUCCCGAACACCACGGUGAGCCGUACACCGCCGCCACUCUGACGUGCGAUGUCCGGCAGUACGCCGAUUUUACGCGGACCAUUCGGAUGACCCUACAGUGUCAGAUGCGGAGUGUCUCCGGAUCCGUGGAGCUCGACGUGGCCCCGCCUCCCGCCGUGGAUCCGCCGGCGCUGAGCAUGGCGAUGUGUGGUCCGGUUAUUUUCGGGCAGGAUGUCCGUCCGGAACGUAUUGUGGAGUGGGUGGAGUAUUACCGGAUUAUGGGGGUGUCCAAGUUUUUUAUCCCGGUGUAUUAUACGAGUCCGUUUUUUUCUAAUGUGACGGCGGAAGUGCUGAGGGUGUUGCGGUAUUAUGAAGAUCGAGAGUUGGUGGAGGUGGGGAACUGGACGAUACCGGUGGAGAUUGAGCGGAAGAUGCAUUAUAACGGUCAGCUGGCGGCCGUCAACGAGUGUAUGAUGAAGGCUUACCGAUAUUUCGAUUACGUUGUUGUUGUGGACUUUGAUGAAUACAUCAUUUCUCAACACGGAACCGGUCUGGACGCUAUCGUCCAGAAAGGAUCCCGCGACUGCGUCACUGUCCGGCACGCCGCCGUCAAAACCUCCCUCAGCGCCACCGCCCCACCCGGCGACAUCAGCCAGCACCUCGUACGCCAUUUACACCGCGACUCCAAGAUCUGGAACAUCAACGAACGCACCAAGUACAUCUGCCGGCCGCGCUGCGUGCUGGAAGCGGGCGUGCACUUCAUCCAUAAGUCACGCCCCAACACGCGUCUAUUGGUGGGUGCCAACACCGAGGAGACGCUGGUGCUGCAUUUCAGUGAGGGCCUGAUUGGGGCCGGUGCGCCAUUGGUCGAUGUGGAUAUGGAGCGCUUCUUCGGAUUAGCGCGGCUCCAACGGUUGACAGAUACGGUCAAUACGGUGUAUCGCAGUAUUUUCAACUCCACCGGCGGAGUGAAAUAUAUAUGGCACAAGUGGAGAAAGUAGCCACGUGACGAAAAGCGUAGCUGGGGAAAGCGCGCAGCUCGAAAGCAGGGAUCACAAACCGGGAACGGUCUCCGUUUCAUGCCAGCAAAUCCAGUACAUCGGUGUCGCCGCUUCCUUUUCACGUUCACAGAUUCUCCAUCAUAUCUCGAGCAUCAGGCUGCCGCUGCACUGACAACGAAAUCAUUUUUAGUCUCGAGUUGUGAAUCGAUGCAAAAUUCCGGAUUCUACUUCCCCGAAAGGUUUAUUUCGCAAUUACGUUAGGCAUUAUUACAGCAGUAAACGCAAAUGUGCCCCGAGCUAAGUGGUAAAGCCGCCAAGACGUAAGCAAGAUACCGCUGAACUGCUGAAGACCAUUCGAGACCCCGAUCCCAAGAAAAGGAAGGAAAGGAAGGAAUAGUGCGUGCGAUGUGCACCAAGACACCCGAGACUCGUCCGAAACUACCGCCACUGUGAACUCUAGCGACGAAGGUAUCUUCGUCCAAGUCUGAUUGCAAAACGAAUCCCACGAAAUCUAGUUCCAGGCUGCUGCACUUCCGGCUGCGCCUUCCCGGAGAAUUGGUCAGCCAUGCCGUGUUGGAGAGGAACUUCUGCCGUUACCAAUUUGCUGAUACCAAGGACCCAAAAACACUCGUACUGCGCUUCUACUGUUGACCUUUGAAUAUGGUUAUGGUGUUGAGCACCAUUUGGGAUCGGUUCAGGUGCAUUAAAGUUUUAAACCGUGCCGCAUGUAAGACAAAAAAACUGAUAUCAUCUUCUUUGCCUAUCGAAUUACUGCGUUUAUGUUCGAGCUUUUUAUCUAUUGUAACUUGACUUACAUUGGGUCAUAUCUUAAUGAAGCACGUUAGAUACCUUUUUUAUUUAAAGUACCUGUAAUAAGUAGCAUAACAUUAUAAUACAUAAUUAAAGUUAACUGACCUACGCACGUUUCCGGCCUAUCUUUGCCUGAACGGCCAUCACGAUGCAACGAGCGGCUAAGUUCUUCCUUGAUUAUGGUUGCUAGGUAGUAGAU